CAAACGGCAGUUCGUGCUGCAAUGGAGGCCUUAAGAAAUCCUGGCAUAGAGGCCUCUCUUUUAAGGCUUUGCUGCUACAUACUGGGGACCUUUGCAGUGUGGCUGCGGGGGGCCCCCGGGGGGCCCCCCGGGGCCUCGCAGCUGCUGCUGUCGCAUGUGCGGCUGCUGUGCAGCAGCAGCAGCAGGCAGCAGCCAGUGGAAGCCUGUGGGCAGCCGUGGUGCAUGCAGGAGAGCAGCAGCAGCAGCAGCAGCAGCAGGGCAGCAGCAGCAGCAGCAGCAGCGAGGGCCGAGGCCUGCGGCAUGCUGCUGCUCAGCCUCUGCAAAGUAGCAGCAGCAAACCCUCAGGAAACGCGAGCUGCUGCUGCUGCUGCUGCGCUGCUCGCGCGGCACCCCGACAUAGAAGUGCAGACAAGAGCGAGGGAGUUCAAAGCACUGCUGGAGCAAGGGGACCUGGAGUUUCUUUCUUUUUGUUUGGAAGCAACGGCAGCACCGAAGCAGCAGCAGCAGCAGCAAGGCCGCUCGCGUGCUGCUGCUGCUGCUGCUGCUGCUGCUGCUCCAAGGGUUACAGUGGAAGCAGUGGCUGCAGUUGCUGCUGCGCUGGAUGAGUCGAGAAAAGCAGCAGCAGCAGCAGCAGCAGCAGGCCCCAGUGAGAGACACAGCAGCAGCAAGUCUCCGUCUCCCUCCGACGGCAGCAGCAACAACAGCAGCAGCAGGAGCCACAGCACCGGCAGCAGCAGCAGCAGCAGAAGCGGCAACAGCGGCAGCAGCAGCAGAACCAGCAGCAACGACUCCAGCCGCAACAGCAGCAGAGACAGCAGCAGCAGCAGGAGCAGCAGCAGAAGCAGCAGCAGCGACACAGCAGCAGAAGAGUCGCGCCUAGCCUCCUUCUUUGCUGCAGCAACAGCAGCAGGACCUGCAUCUCCGUCGCACUCCGCAGCAGCAGCAGCAACAGCAGCAGCAGCAGCAGCAGCAGCAGCAGCAACACGGAAGAGGGCAUGCAUCUUGAAGGACUCGCUGCUGCUGCAGACUCCGCUGCUGCGGCUGGCAGCAAAGAGGCAGCAGCAAGGCGGCAGCUGCAGGCUGGUGCUGCAGUACACCAACUGCAGCAAGGAAACCCUGCGAGUUCGAAGUGUGUACCGCCCUCCGGCGAAUGGGAACCUGCCGUGUCAGAUGCAGCAGCAGCAGCUGCUGCUGCAGCCUGGCGGGUCUCAGCAGCAGCAGCUGCUGCUGCAGUUGCUGAUUCCUUUCCUCUCACAGCCGCAGCUUGAGGUGGCUGUUGGGCCCGAAGCAGCAGCAGAAGGCACGCAGGUGUCUAGGCAUCUAAUCUACCUGCCGGUGACGCUGGCCCACUUUUUUUCUGCUGCUGCUGCUGCUCCCACAGAGGCGUUGUGGGAGCAGCAGCAGCAGCAGCAGCAGCAGCAGCAGCAGCAAGAGUUUACGGCCGUUUGCUGCCUUCCUUCUCCUGAUGCUGUUGUGCUGCUGUUGCGGCGAGCCUUCUCUUUACGGGUCGGCAAGCAAACCCUCAUCCCCAAAACCCUCAGAAAACCCUCGCAGUGCCCCUCGCGUGUCGCUUGCACUUCCUUCAACGCAGCGAGCGAGUCGCUGCUGCCGCUGCAGCAGCAGCAGCAGCAGCACGCGCUGCAGCAGCAGCAGCAAGCGCCGCAGCUGCAGCAGCACUUGCUGCCUCAGCAGCAGCUGCAGUCGCAGCAGCCUCAGCAGCCGCUGUUGCAGCAGCAGCUGCAGCAGCAGCAGCAGCAGCCGCAGCAGUUGCAGCAAUGCCCUCCUGGCUACCCAGCAGCUGCGGCUGCGUUGCCGUAUGUACAGCGACCCCUGAUGCAGCAGCAGCAGCAGCAGCAGCAGCAGCAGCACUUGCAGCAGCAGCAACAGCAGCAGCUGCUGCAGCACCCACAGGUGAACCGGGUGCAGCAGCCACAGCCUUACCCCCCUUUGCUGCCAGGGGGCCUUCCUGUCUCUUCUUUUGGGUCUUCGGGCCUGCCCCCUGCACCGUACAUUUAA